AUGGGUGAUGGGUCCAGGUUAAGUUGGACGUGGGGUAAAUUCAAUUCACCAAGGGCCCUGAAUGAAGGUGCAUUCAAUCAGGAGGAUUAUGAACAAUCACUUCCUGACGAUUACGAUAGUUUCGAAGAAAACGAGGUCAAUUUUGAGGAGAGAAUCGAAGCAGCUGAGUACGACCACGGCAGAGGAAUCAUUGUUGGAAAGACAUAUAAAUCACCAAAGUACAUCUGCAGCCUCGAGACGACUGUAGAAGACGCGGAAGAAGUAAAAGAGGAUUCAGGAAGACACUUGACCCCUCCAAGGUUGAGAAACUUCGUGCCACAACACAAUCUUGUUCAUUUCCGCACGCCUUCAAACGAAAGCUUAAGCCUUCGCACUCGCUUUAUCAAAUCGCUCAACAUGAGUCCCACAGUACCCCGCCCUGGCGCUGCGAAAUUAGGUCCUCGUUCUGGUCUUGAUGAAUGGCUAUCAGAGGCAAAGCAAUGUCAUUACUUACCAGAGUGGGCAAUGAAACAACUUUGCGAAAUGGUAAAGGAGUGCUUAAUGGAAGAGUCAAAUAUACAACCUGUCGCAACUCCUGUCACAAUUUGUGGUGAUAUACAUGGACAAUUCUACGAUUUGCUCGAGCUUUUUCGUAUCGCCGGUGGCAUGCCAGGAGAGACGAAUGUCCAAGCCCCCACCACUGUUAUCAACACAGAUGCGAUCGAACCGCCCACAGAAAUCACAGAUCCAAAAUUGAAGAAAAAGAUACGAAGCAGUGGUGACAGUGGCAUGGAUAGUGCAAGUGGAGAUGAUGAUGAUGACGAUGAACGUCGAGGCCGUCCACGUACUGCAGGUGGAUCAAAUCGAAGUGCAAGUUCUGGGGGUGAUUCCGGGAUCAAUAUCAACAACAACCAAGUCUCUGGAAGUGGGAACCAAAAUUUUAUCUUCCUCGGAGAUUUCGUCGAUAGGGGAUACUUCAGUUUAGAAACCUUCACUUUAUUGAUGUGCUUGAAGGCUACAUACCCUGAUAAGAUUACUCUCGUACGCGGAAAUCACGAAUCUCGUCAAAUCACACAAGUAUAUGGGUUCUACGAAGAAUGUCAACAGAAAUACGGCAAUGCUUCAGUCUGGAAAUCCUGCUGCCAAGUUUUUGACUUUCUUGUCCUUGCAGCCGUCGUUGAUGGAGAGGUUCUUUGCGUUCACGGUGGUUUAAGUCCAGAAAUUCGAACCGUUGAUCAAAUCAGAGUUGUUGCACGUGCUCAAGAAAUUCCCCAUGAGGGUGCUUUCUGUGAUUUGGUUUGGAGUGAUCCUGAGGAAGUUGAUACUUGGGCGGUUUCUCCUCGUGGUGCUGGAUGGCUUUUCGGAGAUAAGGUUGCCAAUGAGUUCAAUCAUGUUAAUGGUCUGAAACUCAUUGCUCGUGCCCAUCAACUUGUUAAUGAGGGAUAUAAGUACCAUUUUGCUCAGAAGUCCGUUGUUACCGUAUGGUCAGCUCCUAACUACUGUUACCGAUGUGGCAACGUAGCUUCAAUUAUGAAUGUCGGCGAGGACCUUAAACCCAAAUUCAGCAUCUUCAGCGCCGUGCCAGAAGAUCAACGUGCUGUUCCAGCUGGUCGGAGAGGUGCCGGUGAUUACUUCCUUUAA